AUGUCUUCCAAAAUUAGGGCAAAGAAGGAAGAAUCACCGUUUCUGGUUAUGUUACUUCCCGAAGAAGUCAUCUUUGACAUCGUAGCGCGUGUACGGAGAUGCGACUAUCCAACACUCUCCCUCGUUUCUAAACACUUCAGGUCGCUUGUUGCGUCGCCUGAGAUCUACACGAGACGAUCAUUGUUGGGAUGCAUUGAAUACUGUCUCUACGUUUCCCUCUUAACCCCCGAGGAUGGUCUCCGUUGUUAUAUUCUCUGCCGGAAAACUAACGGCAAUCGUGCGCGCUUGGCCUUUAUCCCUUCGCUUCCCGAUAUGCCUAGAAUUGGAAAAUUUGUGGCGGUGGGCUCGAAGAUAUAUGUGUUUGGUUAUAAGCAUCAAAAUAUGACAUCGAUAGCCUUAAGCGUCGACUGUAGAUCUCACAAGGUGCAAACCCUCCCCAACAUGCCUAUACCUUUGCUUGUUAGAGUCGCUGAAUUCAUCGAUGGGAAAAUAUAUGUCAUUGGAUAUGGAUCUAACAGGUGGAACAACGUCCUGAUGGUGGUGUUCAAUACAGAAACACAAAUGUGGGAGCCAGAGAUUAUAAAGCCAGACGUGGAGAUACGUCCCGUGCUAUCUGGUCAUGUGGUUGUGAAAGGUGAUAAGAUUUAUACGAAGGAUUAUCGUAAUGGUUUUGUUUACGGGCCAAAAGAAAAUAAAUGGAAAAAGGACGAGAUGGUGAAAUUUAGGAAGUGGGAGUAUGCGUGCGUGGUCGAUGACGUAUUGUACUAUUACGAUUGUGUUGAGAAAAAGUUAAGAAUGUAUGAUCCAAAGAAGAGGUGUUGGGGAGUGGUUAAUGGUUUGGAAGUAAUAUUGUUGGCUAAGACAAUAUAUCCACGGUGGUCAAAGACUGUGAGUUACGGUGGGAAACUUGCUUUGUUUUUUCAUAAACUAGUAGAAGAAGGAAAACCAUGUGAGAUUUGGUGUGCGGAGAUUUCGCUAGAAAGAAGACAAGGAGGGGAGACUUGGGGUAAAGUUGAGUGGUGUGAUCAUGUUAUGACUACUCCUGGGGAUUCUUCUUCAAUCAAAGCUCUCUCUGUUUUGCUUUAA